GUCUGUUUGUGAUUAGCAGCAGCCAGCCUGGUGCAGAGUGGGGUAAACAGAAACUUCCAGGCGUCCCCUCCGCCCCCUCCGAGGCGAGCAGGACUCAGAUGCUCCGUGAUUAAUGGUGCAGGAUUCAGGGCAGACCACAAACACUGCGUGGACCGACGCGGAUCGAGCUGCCUCUUCCCAGCCCCGUGCCAGGAUGGGAGUGGGGGGCGGGCCGUACAGGGCUGGGGGCCCCGCCUGCUGGGGGCCAGCGUGGAAUUCUCCCCGGCAGAGCCUGGCGUGACCCUGACAGCAAUCGACACCGCCAGAGCAGCAGGCGGCUUCCUGGAACCCCAGCCCCGCGGCCGCUGCCCCUGACAGCUCCGAUAAGAGCCCCGGCCGCGCUAUCGGAGCCCGGCAGAGCGUCCACCCUCCAAACCAGGGAAGCUGGGGGUUAGUGCAGCCUCGGGGGCAGUCCCCUGGAGGACGUGGCCAGGCUGGAUGGACUUUCCUGAGCCCCAGCCCCGUCCGUGGAAUUCUGCCGCUGGGAUCUGACGCUGAGACCUUGCAGCAACAGAGACAGCAAGGCUGCUGCAAGGAGGACCGGGGGACUCAGACCUGCUCCAUGGACCCAGCGGGCUUGUCCCUCGUGCCCUGCAGACCGCCGGCUGCUCGAGCCACCUGAGUGUCCCUCCCAGGACUCCCUAGACCUGCCACAACCCAGCAGCCAGCAGGCAAAGGCGGCCGCAGCAGGUGACGGCCAUGUCAGUGAGGGUGCGGUUCCUGAGCCCCGGGGACGCGGGGGCCGUGGGGGCCGUGGGACGCAGCGCCUCCUUCGCGGGCUUCAGCAGCGCACAGAGCCGCAGGAUCGCGAAGUCCAUCAGCAGGAACUCAGUGAGGUCACGAACCCCUGUCAAGCCCCCCAGGACCUACGGCUCGCUGCGCAAGGGGUCGGCCUGCCUGGACCCCCAGCCCCAGCAGGUGAAGAAGAUCUUUGAAGCACUGAAGAGGGGUCUCAAGCAGCACCUGUGCGCGCAGCAGGCCGAGCUGGACCACCUGUGUGGACGCCACGCGGACGCCCGCAGGAACUCCAGGCUGGUGAGCGCCCGCCCUGCCCCGUCCAGCGUGGUCAGUCUGGACAUCGAGACUCAGGGGAGGGACGUUGGUUUCGGGGCCUUCUACUACGACCUGGACAAGCAAACGCGCUGCGUGGAGAGGCACAUCCGGAAGAUGGAGUUCCACAUCAGCAAGGUGGAGGAGCUCUACGAGGGCUACUGUGUCCAGUGCCGCCUGCGCGACGGGGCCACCAACAUGCAGCGCGCCUUCGCCAGGUGCCCGCCCAGCCGCGCUUCCCGCGAGAGCCUGCAGGAGCUGGGCCGCAGCCUGCAUGAGUGCGCCGAGGACAUGUGGCUCAUCGAGGGGGCGCUGGAGGUUCACCUGGGCGAGUUCCACGUCAGGAUGAAAGGCCUGGUGGGCUACGCGCGCCUCUGCCCAGGAGACCACUAUGAGGUGCUCAUCCGCCUGGGCGGCCAGCGCUGGAGGCUGAAGGGCCGGAUUGAGCCGGACGACAGCCAGACGUGGGACCAGGAGGAGAAGGCCUUUGUCCCCACCCUGCACGAGAACUUGGAGAUCAAGGUGACAGAGCUGCGCGGCCUGAGCUCGCUGGUGGUGGGCUCCGUGACCUGCGACAUCGCAGACUUCUUCAGGACGCAGCCGCAGAUGGUGGUGGUGGACAUCACAGAGCUGGGCACCAUCAAGCUGCAGCUGGAGGUGCUGUGGAACCCAUUUGACUCUGAGAGCCUCCUGGUGUCACCCAGCCCCACGGGCAAGUUUUCCCUGGGCAGCAGGAAGGGCUCCUUGUACAACUGGACACCCCCAAGCACCCCCAGCUUCCGGGAGAGGUACUACCUGUCUGUCCUGCAGCAGCCAGCGCAGCCAGCGUCGCUGCUGGGCAGGCCGAGGGCCCCCUCCAUCCUCAGCUACCUGUCCGAGAGUGACCUCCAGGGCCCCAGCCUGCGAAGCCAGAGCCAGGAGCUGCCAGAGAUGGACUCCUUCAGCUCCGAGGAGCCCCGGGACGCCGAAUCAAGCAGGUCGGCCUCUACCUCGGAUGUGGGGCUCCUGCCCUCAGCCGUUGACCCUGCCGCCUCCACUGAAGAGGAGGCCCCAAAGGGCCCCCCACCCUUGGGCCUGCUGCCCGAGAUGGCCCACCUGGCAGGGGCCUCACCUGUGGAGCAGCCUGGCUGGAGGAACCUGGGAGCCGAGAGCCCCAACCCGCCCCAGGGCCCCCUGUCCCACAGCUGCAUGCUCCCGAGCAGCCGGGAGGACCAGGAUGAAGGAGAAGCUGGGGCUGCAGUGGACGGGCCUGCCAUGGCCCCCGAGAGGCCCCUGCAGGAGGUCCUGGAGCUACUGAGGUCCACGGACCCUGCCCAGCCCCAGCUCCGGGAACUCGAGUACCAGGUCCUCGGCUUCAGGGACCGGCUGAAGCCCCGCGGGGCCCGGCAGGAGGACCCCGCGGCCGAGAGCCUGAUGGACUGCAUCCUGGAGAGCUUCGCCUUCCUCCACGCCGACCUCGCUCCCGACCAGCUGUCCCUGUUCGGGGACUCCCAGGGUCUGCGGAAAGACCGGCCCCCGCCGGCCCCACUGAAGGAGUCCUCCAGGGAGCUCACAGCUGGUGCCCGGGAGCUGGACACGCUGCUCACGGUCCACCUGAAAGUCUGCAAAGCCCUGCUGCAGAGACUGGCCUUCCCCAAUCUGCCGAGGAUGGUGCAGGACUGCCUCCUGGAGGAAGCAGCCCAGCAAAAGCAGAUUCUGGAGACGCUUUCUGACCUUGAUUUUGACAAGGUCAGCAACGCGACGUCCAUUGAAGAUGUCAUUCCGCAGGCCUCCCACGGGAAGGGCUGCCUGGCGCUGUGGCACGGGUGCAUGGGGCCCGGCAGCAUCCUGUCCUGCCCCGCCACGACGCUCCUGGGCCAGCUCAAGAGGACCUUCCUGCACAGAGUCCGAGGGAAAUACCCAGGACAGCUGGAAAUAGUGUGCCGCAGGCUCCUGGAGCAGGUGGUCAGCUGCAGAGGGUUGCUCCCCGAGGCUGGGCUCCUGGAGGGACAGACUGUCACCUGGUUCCAGUUUCACAGCUACCUGCAGAGACAGAGCGUUUCUGACCUGGAGAAGCACUUUGCCCAGCUCACCAAGGAAGUCACGCUCACCCAGGAACUGCACUGCGCAGGGCGGCUCAGGACGGUCAGGAAGCUGCGGGGAAAGCGGCUGGGCCUGCUCCAGCCGCUGCCCCAGACCUUGAGAGCCUGGGCGCUGUUGCAGCUGGACGGGCCCCCACGGGUGUGCAAGGCGGCCAGAGCUCGCCUGGCCAGUGCAGCCAAGAACAGGAGCUUCCGGGAAAAGGCUCUGCUCUUCUACACCGACGCCCUGAGCCAGAGUGACGCCAGGCUCCAGCAGGCUGCAUGCAUGGCCCUCCAGCAGCUCAGGGGCAUCGAAAGCAUCGAUCAGAUUGCCAGCCUGUGCCAGUCUGACCUCGAGGCCGUGCGGGCUGCAGCCCGGGAAGCCACACUGUCAUUCGGUGAAAAAGGACGCUUAGCUUUCGAGAAGAUGGACAAACUUCGCUUAGAACAAAGAGACGGCUUUGGCCAGGAAGCAGAAGUUGAAAUCACAGUAUUUUAAAAAGCCUCAGCUGAGGAGCUCACAUCUGGAAUUUGUCCCCCUGCUGCUACGCAGCCCGACACGGUGCCUGAGCUUUGCGGGGGGCAUACUGGGUGCUCCGCACGAAUGUGAGCUGGUCCAAGUGGCUGCUGACUACUGCAAACCCUGGGGCCCAAGUGGCGCUUUUACAGAAGCAAAAGCCGCGGGUGCGCUGUGCGGCCAGGGCUGCGGCCUCAACCGCACACUCCGCUUCUGCCUUUGAGAAUCUGACCCGCCCCAGGAUACAGAGGCAGGUGGCCAUAGACAAAGGUGCCAAGGCCAGGCCAGGCAAGGUUCUGCCUGAAGGACUCCAGGUAGACGCGUGCGUGGAACGUGCAGCUUCCUGCGUGUCCGCUGGCUCGGUGCUCCUGGCUCUGAAAAUCCUGGGGCUGAGGGGCCGGGGGUGGGCCAGCUGGCUGACCAUGCUACCAAAGCCUGUAGUGGCUCAAGUCAUUUCAACAGCAGCUCGCGUCACCUUGGCGAGCAGGGGAGGCGGGAGGCUUGAGGCCAGCACGUCUAUGCCACUCUCAACCCGACGUGUGGAGCCGACAGCGGCGGGCCGGCCACGCCUGGUUUUCACCACGUCCAACAGCACAAAGGAGGGCAGACAAGACCUGGCCAAGGAGCCUGGAGUUCACGAGCUUUGGCCACACAGGCCAAAAUGGAAUCCAACGUUUGAAGCAAGUCAACCUGAGGCCUAUUAAAUAAAUGGCUCCAGAAGCCACAGUUGGUGUGGAAAGACCUCGGCAAGGCGCUGCUUUAAGAGGGAGAACUAGCCCCCUGACUCUGUUAAAAAAACAAACAAAAACCCCGUGUCCGGAGAUGUGUGUCAAUGAUGUGGUGAACUGUGGUGUGACUGUCCUAUCAGCGCGGUACGGACAGCUUUGGAACGUUCUCAUUUAAACUUCCUGGAUAGAUAUUGUGCUUUAUUUUUUAUUUUAUUUAAGUCAGUAUUUAUUUGCUUUGUUCAUGUGCUCCAGUUUUUGAAAUUUCAAUUAAAAAGAAAAACUGUU